CCUCAGAUCGCGUCGCACCGCCGCGGAGGACGGACGCGCAUAAAAUGGUCCUUUAAUCCCGAACCAGUGUCGAGACAAUGGUGAAAUACAACGUAUUAUUUGCUGCUACAAUAGCCAUCUCCCUGGCAGUGGCAUCAUCCCUGCCGAGCCCGACAGCGGCAGACGACGAUGAUGAUGACGACGACACGACGCAGCAGAGUCGCGCCGACGCUGAUGACGACGGCAGGAUCUACAAGAACCCCAGGAACUCGCCAUCAGCGCAGUGUCCGAGAGAUGAGGAGCAGGCUACGUUGCUGGGUCAAAAGUGUCUCCGCAAGUGCUCCUCAGACGAGGACUGCAAGAGUAAGAAGAAGAAGUGCCUCUGCGACGGAGCCUGUGGCAUGUCCUGCAUCAAACCAGAUCGCGAGUGUCCUGAACUGACUCAGCCUGAAAUAGGAAAGGUGACUCUCACUGGUCGUCUCUUCGGCGAUAAGGCGGUAUAUUCGUGCCCACACGGAUACCACGUGGUCGGUCUUCAGAGCCGCAGCUGUCAAGCGGAUGGCAAGUGGGCUGGACAGCCACCAGCCUGCAAGGAGAACAUCUACUGCCUGCAGCCGCCGACCAUAGAACACGCUCGUCACUCCGCCCUACCUGAACAGGCCACCUUCGACCUUGACGCCACGGUGCAGUACAACUGUCACACUGGAUAUGUGACCAAUGGCUUCCCAAGAGCUAAGUGCUUGGCGAUAGAUGGGCAGGCCUCGUGGUAUGGACCUGAUAUUAGCUGUGAACCCCGUUCCUGUGGCGAGCCUGGCGACGUCCCUCACGGCUGGGUGACAGCUGACUGCCACACCUUCGGGUGUCGAGCAGUAGUCCAGUGCGGGCAAGGGUUCGAGCUGGUCGGCAAAGCAGAACGCUACUGCCAAGCUGAUGGAGCGUGGGCACCCAAGGAGUUACCCACCUGCGUCCUGGUCACGCAGGUGCAGUGCCCGCCGCCCGAGGCGCCUCGCCACGGCAAGGCAGUGUACACGUCUUGCGCGUACAAUUCUGUCGUGUCGUACGAAUGCAAGUAUGGAUACCGGCUCGUGGGAGAUGCGACGAGACGAUGUGGCGCUGACAAGAAGUGGUCUGGUGGACAGCCGAUGUGCAAAGAAAUAAACUGCGGCCAUCCCGGUCAGCUCUGGAACGGUUGGCUGGAGAACAUCUCUUCAGGAACAGGACUGGGAGCCUCUAUCAUCUUCAGGUGUCAGGAUGGCAUGAAGAUGGAGGGCAACGGAUCUGCUAUCUGUCAGAGUGAUGGUACUUGGAGUCAUCCGCUACCAAUGUGUUUGGCACCAUGCGUAGUGCCCCAUGUAUCACAAGGUCGGGUGGUGCUGGUGGAGAACAAGACUGGAGACAACAGCACUCACGAAGGCAACACUCAGAUCGUUGGCAGCUCUACAAUGGUGCAGCAUGGUGAGAUAAUAGUAGUGGACUGCGAGAAGAACUACGAGUUUCCAUCGAGCAAUGCUGCUGUGACAUGUAACAAUGGAACUUGGACGCAGAUACCAAGAUGUCAGCCAGCAAGAUGCAAAAAAAUGCCGAAAUUUCCUCGCAACGGAAUGGUGAUAGCUCCUAAGACGGAACAUGGCAUGAAAGCUAGAUUCCGCUGCAAGGAUGGGUACGAGUUGAGAGGGAACCCCAUCGUUGUAUGUUCUUUUGGAGUCUGGAGUGGAGAUACGCCGAAGUGUGAGGAAGUGUUCUGCCCAUUCCCCGGCUACAUAGAAAAUGGUAAAGUCCUACUAGUCGGUAAUAUGGGCUUAUACGACUAUCGACCAUACGUGAAAAAGGUGGUUAACAAUAAACAAAUAAUGUACGAGUGUGAGAAAGGAUAUGUACUAUCUGAGGGUCCACCGGGUGCUACUUGCGUCGGUGGUCACUGGAGUCCGAGGGAACUGCCCAAGUGCACACUCUACCAGCAUCCUCGUAUUCGCUGGAGUCGCAGACGCCGUUCCAUCCCAGACCCAGAAAUUCGUCAUCGACGAUCGACGUACCUCCGGCAGUAUUACAACAAUCUCCACCGCCAACCAGAUCCGUCCCAACAGUACUUAAACCAACUCUACGAUAAAUAUAAUCAUGGUACUUCAAAACCUACACUAAGACAUGCAAACUUUAAAAUUAUGAAGAAGUUUGAUUUCGAAGAAGAUAUCGAACCACCAACAAGUGUUGAAAAGAAUGACGAAAACUUCCCAACUGCUGUGUACACUAUUUAUAAUGUUCAUGGAGAACCUGUUGGUCAUAGGUUGUAUUCCUAUCAACCUGUGUAUGAACCAGAACAAGAUGACAUAGUACAUGAAGAUACAUCAGAGUAUGAAAAUUCUGAUGAAGAAGACGAUGAUCUUUCGCAUAUAACAGUACUAAAAGGUGGAAUGUUUGGAGAGCAUAGUUCUGAUAAUAAUGCUGAAAAUAUUAAUAAACUAAAACACGAGUAUUUUGAAAGGUAUGUGGAUAAGCGACGUAAAAGAUUCCUCAAUAAAAGUUCUGAGGAGACCAAAAAGGACCUAACUAUGGAGAUAGAGAGUGAUCAUGACGAUGAUGAAAAAGAUGAUAUGUUAGAACCAGAAGAAAAUGUUAAAAGAGAAGUAAAUUUUGAGUUGGAAGGUGAUGAAAGCAAAAUUGUUCCUGUAACAAAACUGCCGCCUGAAGUAACUUCUAAAGUUAGAAUUAAACGUGGAUUCAAUAACGAAGAGUUUGAUACAAACAAUUGGACUUUUAAACCAACUACGGAGGACUUGGAAUUUAAUAAUGAGAUAAGUGUAGAUUCAUUGAAAGUUGUUCCUUUGUCAAAGGCGCCUAGUCCUAAUAGUUCUGAACAAAGUAGUGAAAUGUUAGUAAUACCAUUAAAACCUACAGUUACCAUGGAUAGCAAGUUGGUUAAAGAUAUUAAUAAAGAAGAGGCAGUGGUACCUUUACAGUAUAACAAUACGAAUUCAACAGAAGUCGAUAAUAUUUUGGACAAACGUGAAAAGAGGACGAGUAGGAAAACUGACAGACUUAACCAAACUACAGCUACUAUACCUAAAACAGGCAGAGAAGGUAAAGGCGGUAGACGCCAGCAAGCAGCCACAACAGGAGAAGAACAAGAAACAGAUGGGAAAGACCUGGCUGAAGGAGGCAGUGCGCAGAACUCCACUGAAAAAGGAAAGAAAGGACGCCCCAAGAGUCCCUGCGAACCUAUUGAGAGCGAACCUUAUGUUAAUAUUGAGAUUGUCAAGUAUGGACGGGAUCCUAAUAAUACGUUUAGCUCAGGCACCAUAGUACGUGUAGCUUGCGGUAAAGGUUACGGAUUGAAUUUAGAAACAAACGCCACAGCAAAGUGUGUUCGGGGACGAUGGAAACCUGAGAAGCCUAAAUGUGAAAUACUGCCCUGCCAUGUACCAUCAACGGAGUACGGAAUCUACACAAUGGCCGCCGAUGCUGGUCAUCCGAUGACAGCGAGUCAAGUGUUAGGGUCUAACCUACAAGAUGAGAAGGAACUUAAUGAAACUGAUCCAGUACCUAAUGGUCAGGUCGUGCAUUUCUCUUGUGAAUAUGGAUACAAUGUGCAAGGACCGACGAAUCUGCGAUGCUGGCUUGGAGAAUGGGCUGUGACCAGCAUGCCCGAAUGUGUAGCAGCUCCCUGCGAACUCCCCUUACUUCACGGCGCUACAUACGAGGCAGGGUACCGAGCAGGACUGACAGUCGCCCACGCCUCUUCCGUGAACAUAGCUUGUGAACCUGGCAGAUCACCUCCGGCUACCCUCAACUGUCAUCUAGGAAGACUGCAGCCUACCGUCCAUGACUUCUGUAGACCUUUAGCAAAUCUAACCCGUCCACGGCCAACAUCAGAAUAUCAGAGUGGUUCAGACAUCGUCAGGGAAGACAUUUCAGAACUAGAGCCUGAUAUCGACCCUACCACUAACACCGACUGUGGACCACCAGCGAGGGUCCAGGGUACGCUGAUAUACCGGGAUGGGGCUGAAGUCAACAGUUCCCUGGGGGUGGAAGGCUAUCCCCAUGGCACUGAGAUCACCUUCAGAUGCAUAGCUUCCAUCAUGGGGGAGAAAACUACUUGGAAACUGAUCUGUGAGCAGGGGAACUGGGUUGGCAAGAGUUUUAAUUGUGAAGAACUAGAAGCUCAAAAUGAAGAGCUAAUGAACAACAACAGCUGCACUUUUGAGAACGAUGAGCCGAAUGUAGUAGCUUUCUACAACGACAUGCAAAUCACAGAAGUGGUUGACUUCCCAGCUGGUGCUAUGAUAACAUCCAGAUGUAGUGAUAUCGGCAAAUAUGCCAUGACAGGAUCACAAACGCGGAAAUGUAUCGGCGGUUCAUGGGAUGGCGUCAAACCAUCAUGCUUCGGACUCAACCAACAAAUGGACUACGCCAUGGAGAAGCGGCCAACGAUUCUAUUCCGUCACUCAAACGGUCCGAUAGCGCAGACCAACGAUGGCAAACUCCUGGUAUACCCUGGCACCAUACUGCACAUGGAGUGCUUGUGGAUGAGGAGGUUCGGCAACCCCAAGUGGAAUGUCACGCAUAAUAAUCCUGAUUCUGAACGCAAGUACCUGGAAGGCUGGACGACAGACCCUGGACGGGAUAGUGCCCUGGAGUACAGGCUGAGCAUCAUCAAUGCUGUGAAGGAAGACUCUGGAAUAUACCGCUGUGAGACUCCUGCAAGGCAGAGCCAUCAGGUCGAGAUUAUAGUUGAAGACGUGCAUUGUCCGCCACUGCCAAUCCGGCGCGGGCUGGUAGCAAGCGGUCUGGGUACGCGACUGGGCACGGAGAUCCGCUUCCAUUGUGCUAAUGGCAACGCACUGCUCGGUGCGCAUACAUUGGUCUGCCGCGCCUCAGGGAACUGGAGUGCACCGCUGCCUGUUUGUGAGAGUGUUGAAUGUGGUGAAGUGAUCCACGACACGCCUCUAGGGGAGGGGGAGCGAAGACCACGCGUCGCCGUGGUGUCGCGAGGAGUUGGCGGCAGAGCUGCCUUCUCAUGUGCCCCGGGCUGGGCUCUCCGAGGUGCCCCUGAGACCGUGUGUCUGCCAGCCGCUGAUUGGGCGAAACCUUUCCCAGUUUGUCGAGAGGUAUCCUGCCCAGCCCUCCCGCCGCCCACUUCAGGCUACGUGCUCGGCAGAGCGCCGUACCGAGCUGGUGACGUGCUCCAGUUCCACUGCAACCCUGAGCACACGCUGCACGGGAGACCCAUCCUGGUGUGCCAGGACAGCGGCCGAUGGAGUGAUAAGCCGCCUACGUGUGCUCAAGCAUGCACAUACCCUGGCACCACGAUAUCAGGGCGCAUGUCUUCCGUGAAGUUCUACUACAAGAUCGGCGAGACCAUCACGUUCACCUGUGAGCCUGGGUAUCGGCUGAAGGGAGCUCCCAUGCUUAGGUGUUUGAAAAACAGAAAGUGGUCAAACGCGAUCCCCCUCUGCACUCCCAACACAAACUACACAUCAUCAGACACAGUCGCCAUGUUUAACGGCGACAUCGACGCCAUGCUGUCCGACCCGCCGGCAGACAUCUUGCGGACGCGGGAGUCUCCCGCCAUUUUGUCGCCAGAGAGCUACAAGGCAGCUGUCACUAGAGCUGCCGUGUCCAGACUUCUGCGAAGAGGACCUAUCGAGAACUACAGGAAUCGAGUAUACAGAGUGAAUCGAUUACUAAGGAGGGACACUGAGAGAUAAUUUUUGGGUAAUUUUCAGUUUUUUGUGUGCGGUAAUCUGAUGGUGACGGUUGAAUGAGAUGGAUGGUUAUUUUUGACGGUAUUUGAGCCGUAAUAGAACAUUUGUCUGCGAGAUAAGUUUGUGUGCUAUUUAAGCACGUGUGUUGUACUUAUUUUAUGGAUUUUAAUCAAUAUUAAGGUUGUCAAUUAUAUGAUUAAAAACUUAUUUUAAAAGAUUUAUAAAUGGAAUUGAUACUCGAAUAGGCUUGUGGGAUAUUAUUGAUCUUAAAUUGUUUUUUUUUUUGUUAUUGUUUUAAUAACCAAUACAUUACCGCAUGCAAAAAUAUUUCACCAUGGGGUAUUGUUUUAGUACAUACAUGUAGAUAUUUGUCCUGUUUAUGAUUUUUUUACUACUAAAAUUAAUAUGCUCAUUAAAUACGGUACUUAUCCGAUUUCAAUUGAAUUUGUUGAUUAAUUGAUGAAAUAUGGAUUUGAUAAAAAAACCUAAUGAGACUAAAAAUAUAAUAAAUUAUUAGAAAAAGUAGUAAAAUAUUUAUUUAUUUAUUUUUCCUUUGAAGACUGUUUAAUUAUAGUGAAAGCAUUCCAAUCGUUGCCAAAUUCUUAUUAGUAUGAUUUUUCAGAAUUUUAUUUUUUUAUCAAUUUUUACAAUUGUAAAUAAAAAUGCUUCGCCAAAGAAAAUUAGAAUACUCUUAUAAAUACUAGUUACAAUUUAUGUAGAUAAACUAUUAUUGUAAUAGUAUAGUUAGUAAGUUUACAAAAAAAAUGUACCGACUAUUGCCAGCCUAAAAAAAUAUAACUCCCACAUAAAAUAAACUACUCCUUUAGUCAGAAAAAAAUGACUAGACUAAUUGACUAUAAAAUAGUUGAUUUUGCUAAUAAGUGGUAGUCGGUACAUUUUAUAUUUUUAAAAGUCGUAAUAUUAAUUGUAAUUAAGUAAUUUUGAAUAUUGCGCUAGAAUCUACCACCUACCACGCACAAAUAUUUGGAAACAUUUUUUGAUCAUUAACUCUAUUUAAUACGGAUUAACUUAAGUGUGGUUAAUUAAUAUUACUUAAAAUAAACAAAUAACUUAUAAUUAAUUGCAAAAAAUAAAGAUUUUUUUUCUUU